AUGCUUGUGGGGUGGAAGCCGGGGCAACCUGUGCCAACAGGCGUGGAUCCUUUCAAGCCAUCAGUGACUGUGGAAGAGCUCUAUGGCAGCAUGUCUGGUGCGCAAUUGCUUGACAGCAUCCUUGAGUUCUUUGGGGAUGGUGUGCGCCAAGCAUUGGUUCGCUGGGCAAAUGAGGAAGAAAAACUACCAGUUCAUCUUGGAGCAUACAAUCACCGCGCUGAGGCGUUCUACCGCCUGGACAACAGUGAUGGUGGCAAUCCAAACCAUCCGAACGUUUGCUCAGCCAAGGAGCGAGGCUUGAAGCAGGUGCAAACUUUGAAGUACAACACACCUGACUCCAUAUUUUCCAAAGUGAUCCACAUACUCAACCAAUUCCAUGGAGGGAGCGGCAGUUCCUUCCUAGAUUACUUUGGGGAGUCGUUGGCGCUCCAAGCUGCAUGGAAAGCAGAAGCAUGCGAAAUGUGCGUAACUACAAGCAACCCCAAGUACGCAUCCCUGUAUGAGACCUUUGUGCUGACCCGUGCGGCCUCUUCCAACCACCAUGGCUAUUUCCGGAAUUGGGAAAGCUACAAGAACACAUUGCCUGGGCCUGAGUUUGUCUCCGGGAAAGUCACAACAUUGAACUCAGGGCGAGAGCGGACCCUUUCCUGGGUGUUUGAGAAGCCAGGGCAAGACUCAAGUACGCUUAUGAACUUGGUGAAUUUGCCGAUGAAGAACGCUGUGGCAACCAAGAAGAUGAUGAAGCAACAAGCCUCCGCAGCAAAGGACUCCAAGAAGCAGGUUGAUGAGUUGAAGAGGAAGGUCGAGUCCGUCUUCAUCCAGCCUGGUGUUUGUGAUGCUGAUGCCUCAAAAGGGGACGCAGGCCAUGGCUUGAGUGGCGACAAUGGUGACAAGAAACGGAAGUCCCAGUCUGAAUGCCAUGAGCCUAAUGAUGGUAGUGGAGGGGCAAACAACAUCGAAACCGAGGAUUGCCAGGAUGGGCUUGAUUCCACUGCUCAGCCGGGCAAAAAGACCAAGUUGGCCCACAAGAAGAGCAGCUUUUCAGGGUAUAGCAAGACAGAGAAAGAAGUUUACUCCUUCGUGGUUAAGGGUGACGAAGAGGGUGAUACUCGUCAUUGCACUGCCUUGGAUGAGGUUCUGCAAGCUUUGAAGUUUGCUUCACACUACUUGGACCAUUUGGAAGCUACCAAGAACGGCAAAUCCCUUGAGACGGGCUGUGAUUCCAGUGAUUCCGGGGCAAUUCCAUCAAUGCUGACAGCAUCUUGGGAAAGCCUCACUUGCAAAGAAAGAUCUUGCUCGUUCAGCUUUUGCAUUGGAUUUUUUCUGGAGUUCCUCUUUCAGGGAAAAGUCUGUGUAAAUGGGAAAGAUUGUCGUGCAUACAGCAACCUUCGCGUGGAACUCCAGAACAUACUCAUCAAAUGCAACGAGAACUUUUCCGUGGAAGUCACAGAGAUGUUGACAGACCCCAAGGGCAAGAGACAAUCAUCAACGUCAACGCGUACGCAUACAGCUCUGGAGCUUGCAGAACUCUUAACUUCUACGUACAUGAGUCACGCUGCAACUCAUGUUGAUUUUGGCGGAGAUGAUGAGGAGGUUGAUGAGGAGGACAUGGGCUGA